GACGCGCCGACGCCGCAGGAGGAGGAGGGCAGGGGGCAGCCGGGCCGGCCGGCGCGUUGCCGCCCGCCGCCGCUUGCCGGAGACCCCAGGCGGCUCGCCGCGCGUUCCCGUCCCCGUCUUGGGGCUCCCCGCCCGGCCCAAGAGAGCGGCGCCGGCCGAGGGCGAUGUCGGCCAGGCCCCCGCUGGCCGAGAAGGCGCUGUCCGAGGCUUUCGCCCGCCUGCGCUACCGGGACGCCUCGCUGCUCAUCUGGCAGCAGCAGCAGCAGCAGCUGGAGGCCCGCCCGCCGCCCGCCACCUACCUGAGCCGCAGCCGCAGCGCCUGGUACUCGCAGUUCGGCAACCAGGCCGUCCUGGUGCGGGACAGGAACAAGCCGGAGGGCCUCCGCGACGCGGGCCAGUCCCGCUUCUGCGCCCUGAUGUGACCCCGCCGCUCGGGGUCUCUGCAGCGCCGGCUUCGCGCUCCGGCUCCCGGACCCAGAGCGGCGUGCAGCAUCUCGGAGCCAUCUCGACGACUCUUCACGCCUUUGGCCCCUGCUUCAAGUGGCGGGCCGUUCCACCCGCUGACAGCUUGUGGCUCCUGACCUGCCCCUGGCGGUCUUCCGAGGUGGCUGUGCGGCUCCAGGCAGAGGCAGGUUCUGCCGGGGAGUUUCUUUCCCGAUGGACCACCAAGGCUAAGGGUGAGCCAAGGGCAGAGGUGCUGGAAGGAAGGAGGGGAGCCCUGUGGGGUAGCAGUCCAGGUCCCUCCCCAGCUUUACAAGCAAAGAGCCCCCUGAAAGGAUUCCCAGCCCCCCCCCCUCUUGCAUCUGGGCCUUUCCAGGAAAUUGGGAGGGGGAGAAAAGGAGGAGGGGCAGAGGCAUUCUCUCUAGGCCAGUGGUUCUCAACCUUGAC